AAUCACAUAAAUUUACUUCGAUAAUUGGAUUACAUCCUAGUGUUUCAUUAUCAGUGAGACGGAGAUGGAGUGAAGUAAUCCAUAAAUUAAUUUUAAAAUUAAAAAAGAAAAAGCAAAAAAGGCGGUGAGAUUUGGGAAUCAAAUGAUGGGGGCAGCGUUCACUGUAACCGUCUAAUUGGUGGGAAAAGCCGAGUGGAAUUCGUGCGUUAUUCCAUUUUUUGAAAAGGCAUUUUAUAAACUAGAGGUAGAGCUCGCACGAACCCGAAGCUCAGGGCCUUUUCUUCUUCUCAAUCACCCGCCACAACGUACAAAACCUUGCACGUUUUGAAGCUGAAAGGUGAGAUGGAAGCUGACGGGGAACAUGGUCUGGAGACACCUUUACUGCAGGAUCCAAAUGUCGUGACAAUCACAGUUGAUCAGACAAAUGGUGAUUCUAGGAAGAAAGUUAGGACUCUAACAUUCAAAAUAGGUGGUAUAACGUGUGCGUCUUGUGCUACAUCAAUAGAAACUGCAGUGGGAAGACUAGAUGGAGUUCAGAGCAUCAUGGUGUCUCCUCUCCAAGGCCAAGCUACCGUAAAAUUUGUUCCAGAAUAUAUCAGCGCAAUGAAGAUAAAAGAAGCUGUGGAAGAUGCGGGCUUUGGAGUUCAUGAGUUUCCUGAAGAUAAUGCGGUAUGUCGAAUCAGAAUCAAAGGGAUGGCAUGCACAAGCUGUUCUGAAUCUGUAGAACGAGCACUGUCAAUGGCUAGUGGAGUCAAGAAAGCUGUUGUUGGUUUAGCUCUUGGAGAAGCUAAAGUCCACUAUGACCCAAACCUUACAGACACUAACCACAUUGUUGAAGCAAUAGAAAAGGCUGGCUUUGGAGCUGAUCUGAUUAGCUCUGGCAGUGAUUUAAGUAAGAUACAUCUUAAAGUAGAAGGAAUUGGUACUCUGGAUCAGUGGAAUAAAGUUAAAUCCUCACUUGAGUAUUCUGAAGGUGUAAGUCAGGUUCAAAUGGACUUUCAAGAGAACAGGCUCACAAUUAGUUACGAGCCGCAUACAAUUGGUCCUCGAACUCUUAUUCAGUGCAUCAAAGAGGCUGAUCAUGGAACCAAUUCGUAUCACGUAAGCUUGUACACUCCACCCUGUGGACGUGAAACAGAGAGAGAACAUGAAACCCAAAUGUAUAAGAGUUUGUUUCUGUAUAGCUGCAUAUUCUCAGUUCCAAUAUUUGUUUCCUCUAUGGUGCUUCCAAUGGUACCGCCUUACGGGAAUUGGUUAGACUAUAAGGUUUUCAAUAUGCUCACAGUUGGGGUGCUUCUAAGAUGGGUCCUUUGCACCCCUGUGCAGUUUAUAAUUGGUCGAAGGUUUUAUGUGGGAUCAUAUCAUGCACUUAGAAGACAAUCUACAAAUAUGGAUGUUCUAGUGGCUUUGGGCACUAACGCUGCAUACUCCUAUUCAGUAUACAUAAUGAUAAAAGCUUUGACUUCACAUUCAUCUGAGGGGCAAGAUUUCUUCGAAACCAGUGCCAUGUUGAUUUCCUUUAUUCUUUUAGGAAAGUAUCUUGAAGCUCUGGCCAAAGGGAAAACAUCUGAUGCUUUGGCAAAGUUAAUUGACCUUGCUCCUGAAACAGCCUACCUUCUAACACUGGAUGGAGCUGGAAAUGUCUUAUCAGAAGUUGAAAUAAGUACUCAACUAAUACAGAAGGACGACAUACUUAAAGUUGUCCCAGGUGCAAAGGUUCCUGUUGAUGGCACAGUUAUUAAUGGUCAGAGCCAUGUGAAUGAGAGUAUGGUCACAGGAGAAGCAAGACCAGUUGCUAAAAAGAUUGGUGAUAAGGUGAUAGGUGGAACAGUGAAUGAGAAUGGGUGUAUAUUGAUUAGGGCCACUCACGUUGGUUCUGAGACUGCUCUUUCACAAAUCGUCCAAUUAGUUGAAGCUGCUCAGCUCGCAAGAGCACCUGUUCAAAAGCUGGCCGAUCAGAUAUCAAGAUUUUUUGUUCCUACGGUAGUUGUAUCAGCUUUUGUGACAUGGGUAGCAUGGUAUUUACCCGGAGCAUUAGGGUUAUAUUCCAAAAGCUGGAUACCGCAAGGCAUGGAUUCAUUUGAGCUUGCAUUGCAAUUCAGUAUAUCAGUGCUGGUGGUUGCAUGCCCUUGUGCUCUUGGAUUGGCAACACCUACUGCAGUCAUGGUUGCCACGGGAAAAGGGGCCUCUCAAGGCGUUCUUAUCAAGGGUGGAAGUUCUCUUGAGAAAGCACAUAAGAUCAAAGUGGUAGUAUUCGAUAAAACUGGAACAUUGACAAUUGGGAAACCUGCUGUGGUCAGCGCUGUGCUUUUCUCAGGAUUUUCUCUGGAAGAGUUUUGCGAUUUAACUAUUGCGACAGAGGUGAACAGUGAACAUCCAGUAGCAAAAGCUGUAGUGGAGCACGCCAAGAAUCUGCGCCAGAAAAGUGGGACCCAAAUUGGAUAUUUUCCCGAUGUAGACAACUUUGAGGUCCACUUAGGAGCUGGAGUGAGUGGAGGAGUCGGAGGCAGAAGAGUUUUAGUUGGAAACAAGAAGCUAAUGUGUGCUUUUGAUGUUCCUGUUGGGAAUGAGGUUGAUAAGUACAUUUCUGAGAAUGAGAAUCUUGUCCGUACAUGUGUGUUGGUUGCCAUUGAUGAAAGAGUGGCUGGAGCCUUUGCCGUAACUGAUCCGGUGAAGCCUGAGGCUGCCCGUGUCGUAUCUUUUCUCCACUUGAUGAAUAUCACAAGUGUCAUUGUGACCGGUGAUAACUGGGCAACUGCUAAUGCUAUAGCAAAGGAAGUUGGAAUCCAGGAUGUGUUUGCUGAGACUGAUCCUAUGGGAAAAGCAGAUAAGAUCAGAGAAUUGCAGUUGAGAGGUGCUGGAGUGGCAAUGGUGGGGGAUGGGAUAAACGAUUCACCGGCACUGGUUGCAGCAGACGUUGGGAUGGCAAUUGGUGCGGGCACCAAUGUAGCCAUUGAAGCUGCAGACAUCGUCCUUAUCAAGAGCAACCUGGAAGAUGUGAUCACUGCCAUAGAUCUCUCAAGAAAGACCAUGUCUCGGAUCAGGCUAAACUAUGUAUGGGCACUUGCAUACAAUGUUCUCGGCAUGCCGGUUGCUGCUGGGGUAUUGUACCCCUUCACUGGAAUACGUAUGCCACCUUGGCUUGCCGGUGCAUGCAUGGCUGCAUCGUCUAUCAGUGUCGUUUCUUCGUCCUUGCUUCUCCAGUCCUAUAAGAGACCUCUUUCCAUUCAAGGUUGAUUCCAACCCCAGUUUCCACUUCUGCUAUUAUUAAAUAUAAAUAUGUGUGUGUAUGGGUGAUGGUAUUACAAAUUCUGUCGUCUGCUCAUAAAUGGAUGUAGGCAAAACAAGAACCAAACGAAUUCACUCUUGGGUAUAAUGCAUUUUUGGUUACCUAACUAUAGGAGCUGGCAAAACUUAUCCCAUUUUCUUUAUUUAUUUCCUCUUUCAGGCAAUUUAAACCAUUACUUGUGAACAUAUCUAGUAUGAGG